CCGGAAACGGCCCCCAGAGGCCGACAUCGUGGAAAAAUCUCCGAAAGCCGGGAUUGUUCGACCCUUGUCUCCACUGGCCCCCUUCCGACAAUCUUGUCCCUCAGCAUGGGCAUCUGCGCCGGCUCGAUCUUCAAGCUGGUCCCCAUCUACGUCCCCGAAGCGUUGGGUGGCGCCGUCGGCUGGAUCGGAGGGCUCGGCGCGUUCGGCAGCUUCGCGCUGCCGCCGGUCCUCGGGAUGUUCGUGACCACGCAAGGCAAGCGCGGGUACCUCGGCGGAGGGAACCUCGAGGAUCGAGGAUCGAGGUACAAGAACGGGUUCAUCGUCUACACGGGUCUUGCACUGAUCGGCUGGGGUAUCGUUAUGUCGCUCGUGCGGCAGAAGCGGCUCGAAGAAAACUCUGAUCAUUCCAGCGAGGACUCCAGCGGUUACUCCAGCGACGGCAGCGAGGACUCUGACGAGAAGGACCAGUAGAAAACUAGGUUGAGUGCCAAGAGGUACGAGGAACCGCUCUGCUCUGCUGUUGGAAACUAGGGACGGGGCGUCGACCACAAGGCGUGGCUUUUACAUGCUCCCAUCUUGUUUGCGGCAGCGGGUGGUACACAACGCCUGUGAGUAUGGGGAGCAUUGUCAUCUUUGUUAUAUGAAUUCAUUGCGCUAUUCGUUCUAUCCGUGUUGCGCGCAUUGUAUCCGCAUUUAGUCGCGCCCCGUCGUGCUCCGGUCCACCUUGUAAUUUCUGCUCCAGCCAUGUUUCCUCUCAAGUUGCGGGGGACUUGUUUUGUACUCUGUGUGAUCUGCUCGAUGUGUCAGGAAAAUGGCAGUGGUUGUCCUUUCUAGUUCGUCCACGUUGCUGGUCCUUACUGCGUAACCCGAAUUCGCUUCACUGGCCUGUUGGUCGUGUUAUCCCAUGGUGUUGGUUCCUGAUUCUCUCGUUGGUUAUUCCGCGUGUUCGGUGUCAAAUGCCGAUUUCUGUGUGUCUCCCUGUCCAGAUUUUCUAGCACGGCAAAGCCAUCAUAUAAUAUAUGUUCGUUCAUCCGUUUGAAUAUAUGUGGGUUGGCUUGUCUAAGUAUGUCCCAUGUCUCGUGGAUACUAGCCUGUAACGUUCCUUGUGUUUAGGGUCGGCGCUCUAAGAUGUCAGCCCCAGUUGGCCAACGGGAUAACUGUUGACGCAUUUCGGUGACAUGUUUUUGUGUCUUAGCUGCUGGGAUGGAUUUGGUCUUGUUACAUGUGAAAACCGCCUGCCCCAGUCUUUCUCUUCGUUAGAGACGCAUGUUCUUCCUUUACUAAGAAUUUGGUCGCACACCCCGGCACCUUCAUUGCCGCGGUGACGUUCACUCAUUCUCGAUCUAGCCAAUCUGUUUGUACUGCGUCAUGUACUAGUUUCAUGUAUUUGGUCGGAUUGGCCGUAACUUCUGCUAUAUAUACAUGUUCUUUCAGUCCUACGUGUUUGCUAAUGCUCAAGUACGUUUUCACCCACAACAUCGCCUCUGGAUCAGGGCGUACUAUUGUCGCGUCAUCCAAAACAUGGAGACGCAACAGCUGGGAGCAGCGUCAGAUUUUUCAUCCGCUGAACUCCCAUUCUCUCAUCGGUGUGUAGUAUAGCUACCAUGGCUAGUAAUCACCACGGGUCUUCUUGUGGGAAUAUCGUAAGUACCUGUUGC